GUGAGCCCAGAAGAAUGAAACCUGGGAGAUCACCAUCUCUUGGGAGGGAAAAAACAGAGGAGACAGAGACUAAGUCAGUACCUAGCGCAAACUGGGAACCUGAGUCGCAUCAGACACCUAGAACGAAGCCUCAGCUGGAGCCAGAAAAGAUACCUGAAGCCAGCCCAGCAUGUGAGACUCAGCAGGGACCUAACAUCACACAGGAGCCUGCAUCUCUGCAAAGAGCCCUCCCUCGGCAGGAAUAUGAAUCUCCACAGGAACCCAAAACCCAAUCAAACUCAGCUGGACAGCAGAAGUGUCUUGCCCCAGAGGAGCCUGUGCGGCAGCAAUCACCUUCCAUGGAAAGGGUGGCCCCCGCCCAACAGGAUGCUGCCUCCCAGCAGGUACCCAGGCCGGAAAAGGAAUCUCAGAGUCAGCCGAAAUCAGGAUUAAGAGAAGACUGUGUCUCCCAGCCAGGAUCCUUCGCAGGAGGGCCACCUGCAAAUCAACAAGAACCUUCAUCCACAUCUCCAGCCUGGUCUGGCCCCCAAAUAGCACCACCUGACUCAACCAACUCGACAUCCCCAGAGAUGCCAGGACCCUCAAACUCUCUGGCACAGGAAGCCCCAGCAAAGGAGGAAUCUGAGCCCGGGGCGAGUUUUCUAUCCACACAGCAGGAAUUGCCCCUCCUUCAGCCAGCUCCGCAGUGGACUUUAUUUGAGUGGGUCAAGACCUCUGAGUCAGAAUCAGAUUUGGAAUCCCGGUUGGAAACCACUUUGCCAGGCAAGUGGCACUUGGGGGCUCAGGGGCAGAAGGGGAAACCUAGGUAUGAAGUGAGGUCGGGAUUUGGUGGGUCACCAGCCCUCAGGAAGAAAUCCAGAGGCCUAAGUCACAGACUCUACCAGGAUACAGCCUCGCGGGUCGCACGCAGCAUGGACCUCCGCACCAUGACACAGUCGCUGGUGACUCUGGCAGAGGACAACAUGGCCUUCUUCGCGAGCCAGGGCCCUGGAGAGACAGCCCGGAGGCUAUCAGCUGUGUUUGCGGGUAUUCGGGAGCAGGCGCUGGGGCUGGAGACCCCACUGGCCAACCUGCUGGGCAUAGCGCACCGCUUUGACCUGGAUGCAGAGACCCCAGCCAACGGGUACCGCAGCCUGGUGCACACGGCCCGCUGCUGCCUGGCCCACCUGCUGCACAAGUCGCGCUAUGUGGUUUCCAACCGCCGCAGCAUCUUCUUCCGCACCCAACACAACCUGGCCGAGCUCGAGGCCUACCUGGCCGCUGCCACCCAGCUCCGCGCCCUGGCCUACUACGCGCAGCAGCUGCUGGCCACCAACCAGACCGGGGGGCUCUUCUUCGAGGGUGAAGAGGAGGUCCUGUCCGAGUUCCUGCGCGAGUAUGUCAGGCUCCACAAGGGUUGCUUCUACGGCCGCUGCCUGGGCUUCCAGUUCACACCGGCCAUCCGGCCCUUCCUGCAGACCAUCUCCAUCGGCCUGGUGUCCUUUGGGGAGCACUACAGACGCAAUGAUACGGGCCUUGGUGGGACAGCCAGCUCCCUUUUCACCAGCGGCCGCUUCGUCAUUGACCCAGAGCUACGGGGUGAAGAAUUCGAGCGGAUCACACAGAACCUGGAUGUGCACUUUUGGAAAGCGUUCUGGAAUGUCACUGAAAUUGAGGUGUUGUCGUCUCUGGCAAACAUGGCCUCAGUCGCCGUGAAGGUAAGCCGCCUCAUCAGCCUGCCGCCCAAAGCCUUUGAAAUGCCGAUGACCGCUGACCCCAAGCGCAUGGUGACCAUCCCACCCCCCAUGGCCCACACAGGCCCGGGGCCUGUUCUCAUUAGGCUCAUCUCCUACGAACUUCGAGAAGGACAGGACAGCAAAGAGCUCAACGACCUGGUGAAGCCUGAGGGGCCCUGGAUCCUGGACCGGUGGACCCGCCAAAUGAAGGUGGCCCGCUCCAGGGCCCUGGUCGUGCACAUCCACGGGGGCGGCUUCGUGGCGCAAACCUCCAAAUCACACGAGCCCUAUCUCAAGAGCUGGGCACAGGAGCUGGGCGCCCCCAUCGUGUCCAUCGACUACUCGCUGGCCCCCGAGGCACCCUUCCCCCGCGCGCUGGAGGAGUGCUUCUACGCCUACUGCUGGGCCGUGCAGCACUGCGCCCUCCUGGGCUCCACAGGUGAGCGGAUAUGCCUGGCAGGGGACAGCGCUGGCGGGAACCUCUGCCUCACCGUGUCCCUCCGGGCAGCAUCCUACGGGGUGCGGGUACCCGAUGGCAUCAUGGCUGCCUACCCGGCCACAAUGCUACAGACCACCGCCUCUCCCUCCCGCCUGCUGAGCCUCAUAGACCCGCUGCUGCCCAUCAGCGUGCUCUCCAAGUGUGCCAGUGCCUACGCUGGUGGGGAGGCUGAGAAGUCAUCCAGCUCCGAGGAGGCGCUGGGCAUGAUGGGGCUGAUGCGCCGGGACACAGCCCGGUUCCUCCGCGACUUCCGCCUGGUCACCUCCUCAUGGCUCAACUCCUUCCUGGAACUCAGUGAACAGAUGGUCCGGAAGACUGAGGACAACAAAGCAGAGCCCAUGCGCCGCAGCGUGUCUGAAGCGGCGCUGGCGCAGCAGCACGACCCGCUGGGCACCGACUCCCUCAAGAACCUGACGCUGCACGACUUGAGCCACAAGGGCAGCUCCGAGACAUCGGACACCUCGGAGCUGUCGCUGUCGGCAGAGACUCUCGGCCCCUCCAAGCCCUCAGAGGUCAACUUCCUGCUUGGCUCGGAGGAUGCGUCCCUGGACGCCAAAGAGGGACCGCAGCUCGCGGACAGGGCCACGGGGGUGAACUCCGCCUUUCCCCCUGGGUUCCAGCCCAGGUUCUCCAGCCAGGGCGCCCCGCAGAUGCCCCUCGACUCGUCCCCCAUCGCCAAGAACCCCUUCAUGUCCCCGCUGCUGGCGCCUGACAGCAUGCUGCAGACGCUGCCUCCCGUGCACAUCGUGGCGUGUGCGCUCGACCCCAUCCUGGACGACUCGGUCAUGCUGGCGCGGCGGCUGCGGGGCCUGAACCGGCCGGUGACGCUGCGCGUAGUGGAGGACCUGCCGCACGGCUUCCUGAGCCUGGGCGCGCUGUGCCAGGAGACGCGGAAGGCGGCGGCGCUGUGCGUGGAGCGCAUCCGCCGCAUUAUCACGCUGCCCGCGUCCUCCACGACCCUCCGAAAGGCCAAGCCGGACGUCUGAGCCCGCCGGUGCGGGGCGGGGGGCUCGGCACUAAAGUCUCUGGCUCCCAUCCGCGCCGGCCUCCAUUGUGAAUGCACUCCCCCGGAGGGGCUAGCGGCCCCCCACGAGGGGCUCACGGGUGAGGGUCCCACCCCACGACCCGCCCUCGGGCCGCAUGGGAGGUGAGCAGUGCCUUAAGCUGGGGAGGGGAGGGAGGUGGCGCCCAAAAGCUCAGACCCUGGCCUUGGGGUGGGGGCACCCCAGGCUUGAGACCCCCCCCCCGGACCUGCACUCCGUCACUGUCUGCUGCUGCUGCUGCUGCUGCUGCUGCUGCUGCUGCGACCGCCCGCCUUAGCUUGGCGGUUCUUUUGUUUGUAAAUAAAAGUAUUUCAUUAGUUUGGCCUCGCGACAGUUGUUUGAGGUGCGCCCGCCAGGGGGCAGCACCGCGCAGGUUACCGGAAACCUGGAACUGGAGGUCCCGAGGAAGGGACCAGCCCUGGAUUCAGACCUAACCUGGGGAGGGAGCCCCUGGGCUAUCCGCACCUCCCAGUUUAGCGCCCACCCCAGGGCCCUCUGGGGAAAGGGACCGCCUCAGGUCCCAGGGACUCAGCGAUGGAAACUCCGUGAAUAAGAGCAAAACGGACAAACCAGCAACAAAACUGGACACCUAGAAACGGUGAGCCAAUUGAAGGCUCAGGUAUGUGCUUUUCAGGCAAGAGGUCCAGAGACACUAAUGGGGAAAUUCACUCUUGAGCACUGCGGUCCUGGCCCCAGACUUCAAGCUUAUCAGUUUAGAAACCAAAACUUUACCCUGAGGCCCGGAAGCCCGAGUUCUACCAACUGGGGCAGCCAGGUGCCUUAAAACAGGCCUGGCCUGGGGCCAAUGGGUAGGGUGUUUCCUUUCACGCCCUGUAUUGAUCCUCAGCAUCCUAUAGCAUCCUAUAAGGUCCCGGGAGCAUCGCCAGGAGUAAUUUCCUGUG